CGAGAAAGGCUGAUGAUUUCCCGCCAAAGUGCAGCCGGUCCCGAAGGACGUUUAUUGUUCCAAGUUGCCGCAACGUUGUAUCGAGGUAGAAAUUCGAGCAACAAUUUGGCCUGUCGUGUGGUGAUUUUCCUUCGAACGACAGUGUUGCGCCUGUCACUGGUGUGCCGCACGCGUAAAGAUGGACGUAGCUGACGCUCAAGUUGGAGGAAAUCGCGUUCGGGAUGAUGUUGGAGUUCGGUGUCAGAAGCUGUUCCAGGACUUUUUGGAAGAGUUCAAGGAAGAUGGUGUGGUCAAGUACCUGGACCCUAUCCAGCAGCUUAAAGAGCCUGAACGCAGUACUCUUGAAGUUAGUUUCGAUGAUGUUGAAAAAUACAAUCAAAACCUUGCCACCACUAUCAUAGAAGAAUACUACAGAAUUUAUCCUUUCCUUUGCCAAGCUGUGCGCAACUUUGCCCAUGAUCGGGGUGAAGCCAGGAAAGAUAAGGAUUGCUAUGUGAGCUUUGUUGACGUUCCUACGAGGCACAAAGUCAGAGAACUGAAUACUAACAAAAUUGGCACCUUGAUCCGUAUUUCUGGUCAGAUUGUGAGAACUCAUCCUGUCCACCCUGAACUUGUCAUGGGUACAUUUGUCUGUCUUGAUUGUCAGACAGUUGUUCCUGAUGUUGAACAGCAAUUCAAAUUCACAAACCCCACAAUAUGCAGAAAUCCUGUCUGCAGCAACCGUCGCCGCUUUAUGUUGGAUAUUGACAAGUCAACUUUUGUUGACUUUCAAAAGGUUCGCAUUCAAGAAACACAGUCUGAACUGCCCCGUGGUACAAUUCCUCGAAGUGUGGAAGUUAUUUUGCGUGCUGAGAUUGUAGAAACUGUUCAAGCUGGUGAUCGUUAUGAUUUUACGGGAACCUUGAUUGUUGUUCCUGAUGUUGGUGUAUUGGCCAAUCCUGGAACUCGUGCUGAAUUGAACUCUCGCCACAAAGGGGGUGAUAGUCAGCCAGAGGGUGUUCGUGGUCUAAAGGCUCUUGGUGUUCGUGAACUUAACUACCGCAUGGCUUUCUUAGCAUGCAGUGUAGCUGCUACCAAUACUAGGUUUGGUGGAGUUGAUACACUUGGGGAGGAAAUGUCAGCAGAACUGAUGAAGAAGCAAAUGACUGAUGCUGAGUGGGACAAAAUUUAUGAGAUGAGCCGUGACCGCCAAUUAUACACCAAUCUGGUGAACAGUCUGUUUCCUUCCAUUCAUGGCAAUGACCAGAUUAAAAAGGGGAUUGUUUUAAUGCUCUUUGGUGGAGUACCCAAAACCACUCAUGAAGGAACUACCCUCAGAGGAGACAUCAAUUGUUGCAUUGUUGGAGACCCUAGCACUGCCAAAUCACAGCUGCUGAAACAAGUGGCAGACUUUAUUCCUCGAGCAGUGUACACUUCAGGCAAGGCAUCCACAGCUGCAGGUCUGACAGCUGCUGUUGUGAGAGAUGAGGAAUCCAAUGAUUUUGUUAUUGAGGCUGGCGCCCUCAUGUUAGCUGAUAAUGGAGUCUGUUGCAUUGAUGAAUUUGAUAAGAUGGAUCCUCGUGAUCAAGUUGCCAUUCAUGAGGCUAUGGAACAGCAAACUAUUUCAAUUGCCAAGGCAGGUGUAAGAGCAACUUUAAAUGCCAGAACAUCUAUUCUUGCUGCUGCCAACCCUAUUAAUGGACGUUACGACAGGUCAAAGUCUCUGGCACAAAAUGUUAUGUUAUCAGCUCCCAUCAUGUCACGUUUUGAUUUGUUUUUCAUCCUUGUUGAUGAGUGUAAUGAGGUUCUUGAUUAUGCCAUUGCAACUAAAAUCCUUUCACUGCACUCUGGUGUUGAUGAUACUGUAGAAAGAGUGUAUUCUCAGGAAGAGGUUCUGCGCUACAUCGCAUUUGCACGCCAAUUCAAACCAGUCAUCAAUGAGGGUGCAUCUUCUCUCUUAGUUGACCAGUAUUGUCAGCUGCGCCAGAGAGAUGGCCAGGGAGCUGGUAAAUCAACUUGGAGGAUUACAGUGAGGCAGCUGGAGAGUAUGAUUCGCCUUUCAGAGGCAAUGGCGAAAAUGGAAUGUUCAGAUGAAGUUCAAGAGCGUCAUGUUUCAGAAGCUUUCCGUCUUCUAAACAAGUCGAUUAUUCGGGUGGAACAGCCUGAUAUUAACCUUGAGGCAGAUGAAGAUGAACCUAUGGAGCUUCCUCCAGAAAAUGGAGAAAAUGGUGUGAAUGAGGAUGAUCCUGAAGAAGUCCAGCCCAAGAAGAAAUAUACAUUAACAUUUGACGAGUACAAAAAUUUGUCAAACUUGCUAGUUAUCUUCAUGCGUCGUCAGGAACAGCAUGCGGAGGAAGGUGACUUUGAAGAGGGCAAAGAGAGGGGAGUUAAAAAGAGUGAAGUUGUAGCAUGGUAUCUCGACAAUGUCAUUGAUCAGAUAGAAACAGAAGAGGAGCUUGUGGAAAGGAAAGCUCUGAUUGAGAGGGUCAUUGACCGUUUAACUUACCAUGAUCAAAUUAUCAUUCCACUCAUGAAAACUGGUCUUUCUGGACGCGAUGAAGAGUCACAAGAAGAAGAUCCACUUUUGGUUGUCCACCCCAACUACAUUGUUGAUGCCUAAGCUGUCUUAUGUGUCCCUAUCCAUUCUCUGGUUGUGAAAUUGCAUGCUUUCAAAUUAAGCAAUUCAAUUCAAUUCAUGCCAUGUUUUUUUUGUGUAGAUACGACGUGUAUAAUUUUAAUCCUAGAUUUUAUCUUAGAUAUUAUUAAGUGAUGAAAGUCAGUACUUUCUGACCAGCUGUGCCUUAAGUAACAUAUUUAUUUUAAGUGUAGAAUGAUUGCGGUAAGGUGAAUGAUUGUGGCCAAGUGACAAUAAAUUAAGAAAAGUGUGUCUUUA